CCCCUGCCGCAGCGCGCCGCAGUCCGGCCUCCCAGCCCCGGCGCGGGUUAGGAAGGCCGGCGGCCUCGUCACGUGUCCUCCGCGAUCGCGAAACAGGUCUGAUCAAUUUCUGUCUGCGUCUGCCAGGCCCUGCGCCUAUCGAUCGUAGAUCUGCGUCUGCACAAAUGGAGGACCAGGAAAAUGCAUGCUGCGGGUCCUUGGAUUUCUGGGCUACUGCGGGCAGCUGGGGAGGUGGGGGGUGCAAAAACUGGCCUUUGCAACAGUUGAUCCCCAGGCUCAUUUUAAGCCUCUAGGUUGGCCGGCUCUCUGGACCUAUGCAUUGCAAGUUGGACCCUCGGCCGGACCCGGGGAGCUGCGCUGCGUCUGGAGAAGCGUCUGGUCCACAUUGCCCACAAUGCUUUGCGGCCCAGGACUGCCAGCCAAUUCCUGGGGUUUGGGGAGGGGCGGUGCUGCAUCUGUCAGUCCCUUGACGCCACGCCAGAGAGGAAGAUGUGGGAACAAGAGUUGAUACCCUGUGAUGAAUUAUGCAUAUGCAGCUGCCCUCAAUCCGCCUCUGGCGCUUGGGAAGCAUUUUUGUAGCUCGAAUCUCAGACUUUUAGCCCUAUUGCGGUGCACGCCGGGACCAUCAGGGACAGCGGCGCUGGUUUCCUGCAUCCUCAGGGCCCUACUGGCAUGCCCGUCUCGUUUCACUCAGUAACUUUGCUCAGGAAAUGCCGGAGCCUAUGGUGAAAUGAAGCGAAAAGAUGGAAAUUCACUUUCUAGGGAGCAGUUGGGGCCAAGCAUUCUAGAGGGUUCCUUUUUUCUGUCCAGACGGACAGAGCAGAAAGAAAAACAAACUAAUGAAAGAGGUUCCGGUGGUGAGAAGUCCUUUCCAAAUAUAAGAGGAAUAAAGAAGUCACUUCCCCAACUGUCAUCAUCUUCCAACAGAUUGAGCAAGAAUAUUUCAAGCACUACAGAAAAGACAGUCCAUCAAACCAUAGAUGAUGAUCAGCCAUGUGAGUUUUUCAAGACGGGGAAUAGGGUGAAUGAAUCUCAUCAGAAAAGCAGCGGCAUGAUUGCUGGUCCGUCUUGGAAUAACGCGCAACGUUUGAAGAAUUCUUCGGGAAAAAGACAGAGUAAACCCCAAGAACUGCACGUUUCUCCCCAGCCGACAAGCAGCCUCACAGGUGUCCCCCAGCCUGCGGGGGGCGAACGUGAAGGACACAUGGCCCCAGAAGGAGCGGCCGAGAGGAGUCCCCUGGGUCCCAGGUGUCAGGGGGCCUCGGGGAACAGGUUGUUCCUCGCCUUUCAGUCCCUGAGGAUUAUUAAAGACGACGCCGACGAGGACAGCGCCAGCGAUCUCUCCGACUCCGAACGCGUCCCCAUGUCCCCUUCCCCGCUCAGCCCUCCCGACCUCCGGCUCCGAGCGGAAGAAAUCGACCCGGUUCACUUCGACGUGCCGCCGAGCCGGGGCCACGCGAGGCCCGAGGCGUCCUACCCCGACUUCCUCCCCGCGCCGUUCAGCUCCUGGGACCUGCGGGACAUGGCGUUGCUGCUGCACUCGGAGCAGCGGCCGGGGGCCGUGCCGCGGCCCGGGCGCCCCUUCCAGACGCCGCCCGAGCCCCUCCAUGUGCUGAGAGGCAGCAGGCUGUGUUCCCAGAAGCAAACCCUGGACCCCAGGGCAGAGGAUAAGAAAAAGAAAGCCAGCAGGGGUGGCAGGCAGCCGCGCUGGGACCCGGGUGACGCUGACAGCGGCCCCAAGAUCGAGAGCAGCGGCAACAUCCGGGCCCUCAAACACUCGGCGAUGAUUCUGGAUGCCGUGGACUCCCGCAAGGCCCCCAAAACCCAAGCACACGCGAAUCUUAAGAAAAAGGGAAAUGCGAAUAGCUGUGGCCACGCCCCCCUCUCCAGCGAGAAAAAACUCAAAACAAACGGAGGCAAGCAGAGCACACGUAAAUUCCAAUGACAUCUGAAAUGACGAAUCGCGAUGACCGGCAGACACCUAGAUAUUAGGGGUCCUUCGAAAGUGACAGCGCUGGGAAUUUUAAGGGAUCCUGUGAUGACUGCCGUUUCAGCAGUUGGUUGGUUCUUCAGUCCGCCCCUUCCCCACGUGGGUUUUCAGAGCAAGGUGUCUUAAAGCAAGCCUGUCUCUGUAUGGACAGUCUUAAGCAAAGGACAGCCCUUUGGACCAUAAACCACGGUCCGUGCCACAUAAGGGACGCCCUGGGAAGAGUCACCUAAACUGCAACGCGGCCCGGUGGAGAACAGGCUUGCCCCCGCCUUCACCGUACACGACUGGACAAAACAGUGUAGGCUGUUGUAGACGGCGUGGGAUGAGCCCAGACGUUGGCUGCAGCCGGGGCCCGGGGCAUCUGCAUCGUAAACGACUCAGGCAGGAGGCCUGUGGGGCAGACCCCUGGGACAAGCCGGUGCUCCGUGCUCUCUUCAAGGUAGGGAGCAUCUAUUUUGAGCCAAGUCAUUCAUCAGAAGCUGCUUCCUCUUUAGGGACCACAGAAUCUAGAGCUUUCACACAGUUCCUCUGACAUGGGUUUUCUUAAAAAGCAUCUUAAAUUUAGAGCUGGUGGUAAAGCACCUUUUAGAAUUUCUAAGUGAAGGGUCUAUAAGGCACAGACGUGGGGAGCCACUGAGUGUACCAGUCACGAUGUCACUGGUUUGGGACCUGGAUCCUGCUGUGUGGAGUCAAAAUGAUGAUGGUUCAGUGGGCAAGAGCAGGCGUUUGCCAUUAGAUUGGGCAGAGAGGAGAGGACACAGCUCAGGAUGCAGCGGAGCGCGGGGCAGGUGCUCCAUAGGAUGCCUCCUCCGCAUCCUGCUCCCGUCUUCUGGGUUCCUGGCUUCAGAAACGCUUCCCAUUUACCUGCCCUUAAGUGACACCGAAGUACCCCUGGAGUUGUGCCCUGAGGUUGCUCUGGAUGCCAUCUCGAAUAUCUCCAAAACCUUCGUUUGACUACUUCUUGUUACACAGUAUGUUUUAACAGCUAAUUUUAUCCCUUUACACUUUUUUUUUUUUUUUACAUACACAUUUCUAUUUUUCCACCUUUGGGGCAGAUGAAAAACUUGGCACUUUUCAUCUAAAAAUAUGUAAUAGCUUGCAGACUUUUCACUUUUCACUCAGCAGCCAAUGUCAUCCAAGGCACUUGCUGGGUUAACAGCCUAAGGAUACCUUUAUAAUCAAAAUAAUGGCCAAAGUUUUAUGAAUUUUAAGAUCCUGUUUUAAAAUCUGAUUUUAAUCAUAUUAAACAACAUGUAAAGUGUUUGAUGACAGUCUUUUUCUUCCCAGACUUUAUUUCCAGAUUUUACAGACUCCUUCCCGUAUGCCCUUCCUCUCACCCGCCCAUGGAGAAAGCAUGCUCUCAUAGUGAGAUCUCACCCCUCCUCACACGAGCACAGGUGUCAGUGUGGUAGGCACCGCUUCCACAGUGCUAAUCAUACCAAACCCUUUGUACUUCGUGUCUACAUUAUAUUUGAAAACAUAGUGUUACUCUUACUUUUCCUUCCUGAGCAUUCCCCUUGUGUCCUCUGCCCCAGCCCUGCUCCUGGUGAGCACUGGCGGGUUAUUCCUUUACCCAGGGCUGGCACCUCGCUCAUGAUUCUUUCUCUGCCAGGCUUCGAUGCAGCUCGUUAGACGGUUCAGGGCUGUAGAUCUCGGUGAGCACCUUACAUUCACGUGCGUCCUGACAGUCACACAGAAGGGUCACGCCGAGUCGCUGCCGCCCCCAGCAAUGCCUCCAUGCGGGCGCUCCUGGAGGCCCGGCAGAGCGAGGCUGGCACGGAUGUCAUCUCGGGGGGUCUGAGCUGAACGCCAGGACGCUUAGAAACAUAGUAACGCCUCGGGGGUUGUGUUUGUUCCUUGCUCUGUGAAUCCGAGCUGGUUGCCUAAUUUGAGGAAUAGUCAUAAUGUCACAUGACCAGGGUUUUAAAAGCCUGGAAAAGUGACUUUACUUGCUUCUUUUUUUGCCUCAGGUUGAUGAUUUAUUUUAACCAGUAUUAUUGCGAUGGGGUCAGAGCUCCUAACGAAUAGUGUAGGUUCACUGCAGAAGAUAAGCACAAUUUUCAUUUCAUGAUUUCCGAUAAUGUAUGUAACACAUCUUAAUGCACUAAAUGCCGUAGAUACAAAUCUUGCCAUUUUCCAGUAGAUGACAUUGCAAAGCCGAGUCACGAACUCAUUCGGUUUAUCAAGGCUAAGCCACUGAGUGUCCUGCCAAUCAAGUGCCAAGAGUCAUUGUGUUUCUAAGAAGUGCCUCUCAUUUCUGGGGGAGUUGUUUAUAUAUACAUUGAGGUUAAACCAAUUAAAACAACCCAAAGUAAAAAAAAAAAAAAAAAAAAAGCUUAGAGAAUGUAAGAAGAAACUACUUCAGACUUAGAAUCAGUGGGCGGGAAAAGUUUAAAAAUGUACAAAACGAACUAAAAAAUAUAUCAGUAUUAUCUACAAUUGUUUAGGUUUGACUAUUUCUCAAAACUUUCAUUGACUAAACUGGCUGAAGGUUUGUAACUAACAUGAAUGGGGUGGGAUCGAUGGCCCGGAGCCACCAAAAGAUGGGGGAGAAGCUUUCCUUGGUCUUACGAUAGCAAAUAACUAGAAGGAAGAUGGUUUGUAGUGGUCCUUAGCCCUGUUAAUUCGCAGAAAGCUAAGAUUUUCUACCUUACUUGUAAACAUCGCCUGUUUCCUCUUCCUUUCUGUGCGUUUACUUGAUUCGUUACAUAAAAAUAUAAAACUCUCGUAGUACUGUAUUUCAAGGUAAUAGAGAAGCAGUAUUCAUUAUUUAUUCAUAUAUGUGUACAGAGCACUGUUCAAAACGGCCUGAAAACAUUCAGCAUGCUCAUUUGCUGUUAAAAUAACGAUUGCAUGCUGGUUUUGUACAUAAUAAAAUACAUACAUGUGAGUC